AUGCGACUCAAGUCUUACUUAUGUCUUACUCACUAUGUGUCUUUGCUGUUGCAGGUGAUGAAUGACCACUCGUGCUUCAGUUCAAAUCCAUUUCCGGAUGAACGGCUCGUGGCGCUGAACACGAUGUCCAAAGCUGACCAUUCUCGUGUCCUUCGCUACGUGCACAAGCACUACACGCAGGAUGAAGUGCAGACUAUCAAGGAUCAGGUGCAGAAGGUCAUCGAGGCACACACAGAGGACCUUUCUGUUGGCAAGGCGGAUGUUGUGAUCUGGGCGAAGCGCAUUCACAUGUCAAGCACUCUGAUACGAUUGGGCUUGGAUUUGGCCAACUAUGGAACGGAGGCUCUGGACGAGAUUAUAGCGCUGAACGAUGCCAUGGUUGCAUUGGUGGCCCCACUUGGCGGGGUAGGUCCCAAGUAUGAGACGCUUUCUUGGCAUUGGUGGCUCUGGGUGCUAAUAGGUCUGAUCCGCAGCUUCUUGCCGGUCUUGUCCAUGGCUUUCCAGCUCGGCAUUCCGUGUACAUGGCGCAUCAUCAGGCCAGAUGCCACUAUCUUUUUCCCUCCCAAGAGGCCCCGCAUGGGAUUAUGGUGGAAUCCAGAGCUCCUUUCUUUGGUUCCGAGGUACUUUCUCCUACUUCAUGCCCUUCUGGUCAAGGGCGAUGAUGGAUUGCUGAAAGGUUUGCGUGAGGGUGUUGAAAGUGGUGAUUUGGCCCUGGCAGAGAGCCUCACGCUCAUGGUGCAGCUGAUGGUGAACAUGACGUCGGCGAAUGCGUUGUGCUCGCUCGUGUUUCGUCUUGCUUCAGAGAAGGAGGCCUUCCGCCAGGUGUCUGAGGAUAUCUCAGGGACUGCAGAUCGCUUCAUUCAAGAGGUUCUCCGACUGGAUGCUCCUCUCCAGCGGAACCCUCGCAGAUACAUCAAAGCUGGUGCAAAGUGGACUGGAGGGCGAAUGCCCUUUGAGGGAGAUCAGGUGCUCCUUUUCUUGGGAGCAGCAAACAUGGAUCCGGCUGUUUAUAAGGAUCCGCAACAAUUCAGGCUUGACCGACAUGAGGAGCCGCCUCCUCUUACAUUCGGCAGUGGGAUGCACUAUUGUCUGGGGAGCAGUUUGGUCAAGUUGGAGCUGCGCCUGGCGCUUCAGCAUCUUUGCCGUCACUGUCAAUCCAUUGAGUUGAAUGGUGACUUCGAGCGGCUCGCAGAUGUAGAUGUUGGUAAUUGGGGCUUUCGCCGCUUGAACGUUCGACUAGUAACAGCUUGA